AGUAAAUAUUAUACAGUCAGUACAUCUCAUUAUUAUUUGCCUCCCUUCUCUUCCCUGUAGUUCUAGGUCUCUCCCCCCCCCUUGAUCUAUUCUUUUUUUUUUUUUUUAGUGUGUGGGUGUGAGGGAUAGAAUUAAUGGGGAGUCACUUUUUUUUUUUGAUUACACUACACUUUCCUAUUUGAUAAUUACUUAACAAGGUUUCUUUAUUAUUAUACUUAUUUUGAUUCAAUUACUGUGUAUUUAGAUUGAUUAAAUCAAUUUGUUUAACAAAGUUAUACCUACCUACCUUGCCAAUCAAUCAAUUAUCUCAUACCCUUUUUCAAUUAUCAGUUCAUUUGUUAUCUGUCUGUCUUAUCAUUUACUGAGACUUUGUGUGUGUGCCUCACUUAUCCCUUAAAUGCCAGUUAAUCCUCUUCCUCAAAGUAUUACUACUGGUACUACUACUACUACAAAUCAUUCAACUGAUGAAGAUUGGUCCAUUAUUAGUUCUUCUUCUGAUGUCGAUGAUGAUAGAUCAACCGUUAGUGAUGAUAUCGAUAGAGAACAUGAUCCCUUAAAUUUGGUUGAAAAUAAUCAUCAUAAUAAUAUUGCCGCUGUAACUCCUGAUUUUACUAAUAGUUCAGUUUCUUCAUUUAAUGGAAGCUUUAGAUUACCCAAUUCAACUACAACUCCAAUGAUCACUCCAUCUGAAUCAGAUAAACAAUCAAUCAAAAAGAAUUCAGUCUCUACCAUCAUUGCUGUUGCUGAUGUUCCUCCAAUUGCCGCAGUUAUUGAUGAUGAUAAAUCAAAAGUGGUUACCAGUAACAAAUCAUCAUCAUCAUCUACUACUACUACUACUACUACUACUACCAGCACCAAAAAUAUUGGUAAUAAAAUUAAGUUUUAUGAAAACUUAUCGAAGAUUAAUGAAUCAAUUAAACAAAGUUCAAAUCAAUUUUAUUCAAGUUAUGCUAAACUGAAGAUUCAAGAAUGGAAUGAUUAUAUUAUUGAAUCAACUGAUUCCCUUAAUAACAUUAAAUUAACUUCAACCACCACUACCACCAACAACAUUAUCCCUCCAUCAUUAAAUGAUGAUUCAAAUUUGGAAGAUACCAUUGAAUUAGUUGAUCAAACUGUUCCAUCAGUUAAAUCAAUCUCAACUUUAUCAUCUACUGAAUCUGAAAAUAAUAACUUAACCACUACAAAAUCAUCCUCAUCCUUACCACCACCUCCACCACCAUUACCAACUAAUAAUUUCUUAAUUAUAGAUAAAAGGUAUAUUCAAUCUUUGUUAUUACAAGCAGUUCAAUUCUUACAAGCUUUUAUGGAAUCAAAUUCUCAAUAUUUAUAUUAUUAUUUGUUUGGUGCUAUAAUAGUUUCUCUUGUUCCAACUUAUUACUUAUUAACUUCAACUAUUUGUUUAAUUCAAUCUACUACUAAAUCAAUGUGUAAUUGUUCCCAACCAAUUCCUCCUCCUUCUUUACUUGAUUCAUUAUCACCUCAAAUUCAAGAUAAAAUUAUUGAAAUUUAUAAUUUAUAUGAUAAUUUAGUAUAUGAAGUUGAACCACCGGUUAAACUGUUUUUAUUUUUUAGUCAAAAGGCAAAAAAGACCAAUAAAUUAUCUAAAUUUAUUAGAGCUCAAACUAAUGAUAUUGAUUGGGAUCAAUUUUAUUUAUUACAACAAAAUUUAAUUGAUUUUAUGAAGAUUUCUCAAACUAAAUUUGAUAGAUUUAGUAAAGAAACUUUUAUUAUAGUUGAUAAACAAUCUAAAUUAGGAUUAAAAUAUGGUAUAGUUGGAGCCAAUAAAUUAAUUGAAAUGUCAAAAUUUGGUAUGGAUGAAUUAAUUAAUCAAACUAAUUUAUUAAAUCAAUAUAUAAAAGAUCAACAACCAUUAGAUAAAAUUCAAAUUUAUAUUGAUCAAUCUAAAAUUUUAAUUUUAAAGAAUAUUGAAAUUUUUAAACAAUCUUCGAUUAAACAAAAUUUAGAUUUAUCUGCUAUAACUAUUCAUGAUAAAUUUGUGGAAUAUACUCAAUAUUUAUUUGGUCCCUAUGAUCAAUUAACUAAAGAUCUUAUUGUGUUAUGAGUGUCAUCUUAUAUUAUUAUUAUUAUUAUUAUUAUUAUUAUUAUUAUUGGUUUACGUUUUUACAGUUGUGUCGUUUACUUUUUAUGUUACUUUUUUUUUUUAUAUAUUUAUACCUUUUUAUUAUCUUUAUUUUUAUGUGGAUUAUUCUUUGGUCAACUGGUUAAAGGUUUAUGGGGUGAUUUAAUUGAUUAUUAUUAUUAUUAUUAUUAUUAUUAUUGCUAUUGCUGUUGUUUGUUUGUGUUUAAAUUUAUGAUUAUUGUCUGGUUGUGUUUUCUUUUGGACGAAGUGACAAGGAUUGAUUCCUGGUGUGUGCUACUUCAUUAAUAAUCUCUUUUUUUUUAUUUUAUUUUGUCUCUAUAUAUAGUUAGUUGUGUUUAUUUAAUAUUAUAUUUUAGCUCUUGUCUUUAAUAUAUUGUUGUAUCUACGAAGUUGUUUGUUGUUAU